UUUCCAGCUUUGAUUGAGGCGACCACAGAAGACCUCGUCGUAGGUCUCGAGUCGAAACUCUUCACGAGUGUCGACCUCGUCAAUGCCUACAUAGCGAGAAUCCACGAAAUGAACUCAACCUUGCACAUGGUUACCGAAAUCAAUCCCGACGCGCUCAGUAUCGCCGCAGCACUCGAUGCAGAGCGAUCCAAUGGCACGAAGAGAGGCCCCCUUCACGGAAUCCCCAUUCUAAUCAAAAACAAUAUCGCCACCUCAGACAAGAUGAACAACACGGCCGGCUCCUACGCUCUCCUCGGAGCAAAAGUACCACGCGACUCUACUAUAGCAGCCAAGCUGCGCAAAGCCGGUGCCGUCAUCCUAGGGAAAACCAAUCUCAGCCAGUGGGCCAAUUUCAGGAGUAGCAACACGUCCAAUGGAUGGUCUGCACAAGGUGGACAGACCUACGCCGCCUACUACCCAGGUCAAGAUCCAUCGGGCUCAUCUUCAGGCUCCGGCGUAUCAUCUUCCCUUGGUCUUGCGCUCGCCGCCCUGGGGACCGAGACAGAUGGCUCAAUCGUCAGCCCGUCGGAGAACAACAACUUGGUAGGCAUCAAGCCUACCGUAGGCCUGACCUCCAGAUCGCUAGUGAUCCCGAUAUCCCAGCGUCAAGACACAGUCGGACCGAUGGCACGAACAGUGAAAGACGCCGCCUACCUCCUCCAAGCCAUUGCCGGAAAAGACAUUUACGAUAACUACACCUCCGCCAUCCCCUUCGACAGCCUCCCCGACUAUGUAGCCGCAUGCAACUUCUCCGCCCUCACCGGAAAGCGCAUCGGCGUCCCCCGCAACGACAUCUACGAGGUCGACAACGUCACUUACCCCAUCAUCGACGCCUUCAACGCAGCUCUCGAGGUCCUGGAAGCAGCCGGCGCCACCAUCGUCGACCCGACAAACUACACGGCCUGGGACGCCUUCUUCAGCAGCACCAGCGAGACCUGCGUGCUAGACACCGACUUCGUCUCAGACCUGAAAUCCUACCUCGACCAACUAAUCUAUAAUCCCACCGGCGUGAAAACCCUAGCAGACGUCAGCGCAUUCACGCACAGCUUCCGCGCAGAAGACUACCCCGACCGUAACACCGCAGAGUGGGACCGGGCGCUGAACAUAACCUUCAACAACACGUCUCCCGAGUUCUGGGCAUGCUACCAGCGAGAUCUGUACUUUGGCGGUACUGGCGGACUCUUGGGAGCGUUGCAAAACUACUCGCUGGACGCGAUUGUCAUACCGACGGCGUUCUCGUCGUCCAUUUCCGCGAUUAUCGGUGCACCGAUUGUAACAGUGCCGCUGGGCUCAUACCCGCCCAACACGACUGUGGUCACGAACGCGAGGGGCGAUCUAAAUGCGACGGCGCCGAAUAUCCCGUUCGGGAUCUCGUUUGUGGGUGCGAAGUGGAGCGAGGCGGAGUUGAUCGGGUACGCGUACGCGUUUGAGCAGAGGACGAAGGUGAGGGAUACAAUUCAGCCGUACAUUAAGCCGACGACGGAGUUGAGCGAUGUGGUGGCGAAG